CACCGUGCUGUGCAACGCGAUGCAGCACGGAACAUUAGCGCCGGACGGACGGGUGUCUACCGGCCGGCCCACGCACACCGACGGGCGGGUGCCUACUGGCCCCGCGCGGAGAGUGUCCGUACACGGGAGCAUAGAUGGCGCGUCGAGCGGCCAGAGUUUAUUAUAUAUCUAGGGAGCGCAGCCUGAAAACAAGUUCUAUGGGAAAAUUGCUUUAUUAUUUAAUACUUAUCGAAUAUUUAGCCAGUCUUGUACACUGCCCUACCACCACGAAAUCAAUAUUAACUAAUUAUUAUGCGCUUUGUUAUUUCGCGGAACGGCAACGCCGCAACAGCCUGUUGUUUGAACAUCCGCCCGACAACGGCACGCCAGAGCAAUUUUCUCAAAUAACGAGUCUAAUAGGGAUUUUACGCCCAAGCUGUGAGUCAGGAAGGAACUAGUGAUAGUGACGACCUUACACAUCACUUCUGAAGAUGCCCAGGCGACGAACGAGACAAGGUCCAGCGGCUCUCGUUCCGACGCUCGCGCCGGACACACCGCACAUGGAGGACGACCAAGCCGGCACUGCUGCGGCUGACGAGGCGGGGCACCUUGUACCGCUGAGGAGCCAUAGCUCCCCACCUGGAGGCGGCGAGGGACGCGUGACCUCCGGCCGGCGCAGCACAGCGCGACCCACGGGUACCGCCCGCCGCGCCCGGCAGGGAGACAGCCGGUCAGCCCAGCCCGGCACCUCUCGAGGGCGCUCCGCUCGCCGACAUCCGGUCGGAAACAGCGAAGGUUCAAACGCGGACAGCCAUUCCUCCGAGGACGACCGGUCACUCACCAGUGCUUACACUAGCUCAACCACGGAGGACAGCGAGAUCGACCGGCCGCCUAGGAGGAAACGAGCACACGCCCGUUCAUCGAGCCGCCGCCACCGCCGCCGGGCUCGCAGCACGGACAGUCACCGGCGGCGCACUCACACGCCGACACCAGCCAUAGACAUGCUGGACAUGAGCCGAGUCCCGGUCAAGUCCAAGCAGCCGCCGCCACCGCGCGCGCUGAAGCUGCCGACCAUCAGCGCUGCCGCCAUGCAGGCACUCGCCAACCGUGCCACGAUGGUGUCUGUAGACGAGGUAGUGUUCCCGCACGCGCCACCCGUGGACGGUGCGCGGGGACAGCCGCGGUACCCACCACUGAGUCCAGCAGCAUACCUCCGCGGCGUCACCGCCAUCGCCACGUACCGAGCCUACUUUUUCCCAGGUGCUGCCAUCCAAUGGCUCAGCUACGUACUGUGGCUGCAAGGUCAGGCCGGUGACCUCCCUACUAGCGCCCUACGCGACAUAGAUGUCAAGGCGAGGACGCACAUCGCCCGGUACCAUAUGGAGUACCAGGACCCAGCCUCGCUGACGGAAGCCAUCGGACAAGCGCUCGCGGCACCAGCAGUGUACGCCCCCGCGCCAGCCCCGGUACAGGCACAGCCGUAUGCCACCCAGCAGCAGCGGCAGGGAAACGAAAUAUGCCUCCGGUUCAACUACCACGCACGAUCAUGCCCACCCGGAGGCGCAUGCGGGCGCCGACACGUCUGCCACCGCUGCCAAGGGCCGCACACCGCCAGAAGCUGCCCGACGCAAAGCGCGCGCCCCCUGGCGCCGGCACGCCCUCCGCAGCCGACCGGAGCACGGCCCCCCCGCCCACUGUGGCGGUAGAUCCCACGCAUGUAGCAGAUACGGAAAGGAAGCAAGAACCGACAAAGGGACGAGAUAGAAGUCGAGACCGUGAUACGCCAAAACGCGAAAGCAGGUUAGAAGGGAAGUUCAAUCCGUAAGUAAACCAUCUUCUGACACCCGGAACGGCAAAGGUGAGCGCUAAUGGCACCGUGCUGUGCAACGCGAUGCAGCACGGAACAUUAGCGCCGGACGGACGGGUGUCUACCGGCCGGCCCACGCACACCGACGGGCGGGUGCCUACUGGCCCCGCGCGGAGAGUGUCCGUACACGGGAGCAUAGAUGGCGCGUCGAGCGGCCAGAGUUUAUUAUAUAUCUAGGGAGCGCAGCCUGAAAACAAGUUCUAUGGGAAAAUUGCUUUAUUAUUUAAUACUUAUCGAAUAUUUAGCCAGUCUUGUACACUGCCCUACCACCACGAAAUCAAUAUUAACUAAUUAUUAUGCGCUUUGUUAUUUCGCGGAACGGCAACGCCGCAACAGCCUGUUGUUUGAACAUCCGCCCGACAACGGCACGCCAGAGCAAUUUCCCACCCACCCACUGCCCAAUACCACCUGUCCUACGUCCUUCCAGUCUCCUUCUAUCUGCCCUUCGGGUCGGUCUUUCAGCAUGUAGCAGAUACGGAAAGGAAGCAAGAACCGACAAAGGGACGAGAUAGAAGUCGAGACCGUGAUACGCCAAAACGCGAAAGCAGGUUAGAAGGGAAGUUCAAUCCGUAAGUAAACCAUCUUCUGACACCCGGAACGGCAAAGGUGAGCGCUAAUGGG